GCACAUUCCGGGGUGGAAAGGCUGUGGGUAUGAACGCCUGUCUUCAGUGUCCGCGGAAGGAUGAGACACCCACUCGGGCCUUCCUGAUUCUACAGCAUCAUACACUGCCGUACCUCCGAUAACACAGUAUUCACCAAAUCAGAACGGGAGAAUGGAGCAGGCCAUCCAGUUCUUCAGGUUGCAGCAAAUUCCCGUCCUGGAGCCCGGCCAGGCCGAGUACAGACAGGCCAUCGCAACCUCCAACCUCCUCUUCCGCUUCUCCCGCCCCGACUGUGUCGUCCAGCCCAAAAACGCCGCCCAAGUCCAGACCAUCAUCAGAGAGGCAAAGGCUGGGUCGAUCAAGGUUACCAUCAAGUGCAAUGGCCACUCCUACGCCGGCCACUCGACCGCCUUCAGCGGCAUCUCGCUCGACCUGCGCGGCAUGAAGAAGGCCGAGCUCGACAUGAAGGCCAUGACGGUCACCAUGGACGCCGGCUGCCAGUGGGGCGACGUCUACGAGAAACUAAUCAUCGGCAACCACGACGGCUUCAUCAUCAACGGCGGCCGCUGUCCCACGGUCGGUGUCAGCGGCUUCAUCCUCGGCGCCGGCCUCGGCCCCUUCACGCGCAGCUUCGGCAUGGGCGCCGACACGCUCGCCGAAGCGACUCUGGUCACCGCCAACGGCUCCCUCAUCACCGUCACCGAGUCCGACCCGCCCACCUCGGACAAGGGCCGUCUCUUCUGGGCCCUCCGCGGCGCCGGUGGCGGCAACUUUGGUGUCGUCGUUCAGAUGAAGCUCCACGUCCAGAAACUCAGCAACCGCCACGGCAUGGUGGUCGCCGGACGGUACCAGUGGUUCCCCAAGUCCGGCUUUACCGACGCUGUCAUGGCCACUAUGAACGCCUUCUACGCCACCCCCUGGCCCGACAAGCUCACCAUCGACACCACCUGGAUCUGCGACCUGCGCCAGGCCUCCAACGAGGGCGGCGUGCGCUUCAACGUCUCCUUCGACGGCAGCAAGGGCGAGUACGACCGGCUGAUCACCAAACACAUCACCCAUCCCGAGCUCCAGACCCAGCUCAAACGCCGCGUCCUCCCGGAGAAAUCCACCCGUUUUCUCUACGAAACCCUCGUCGCGCAGUGGCUUGAAGAGGCCGAGCGCGCGUACCCCUCCAACAAAACCUACGAGCUCUACAGCUCCUUCAUCUUCACCAACUCCUCCCCUGCUGCCCUCGCAACCAUCACCACCGCCAUCCGCGAGCUCAUGAAAACCUUCCGCGACGACUUCAAGGGCGAACAAGUCAACUUCCUCGUCACGUGGAUCCACUCCGGCGGAAAAGCCUCGGAACGCCAGCCCACCGACACGGCCUUCUUCUGGCGCGAGGCCGUCUUCCAUACCUAUGUGACCGUGGAAUGGGCCGACAAGUGGAUGGAGCGGGACAUGCGCCGCUUCUUGGCAAGUGUCAAAAAGAAGCUCCGCCCGCUGUCGCUGAACGGGGAAGCGUCAUUCGUGAAUUUCCCCGACAGGGAUUUUCCGACAAAAUUCCAUGAGAGGGCGUAUUUCGGGGGGAAUAAGGACGAGUUGAGAAGGGUGAAGCAGAUGUGGGAUCCGGAUGGGUUUUUCAGGUGGAUUCAGGGGGUGAGGAGGCCCGGGGAUCCCGAGGAGGAUGAAGUCGGGGAGGAUGAAGAUCGGACGGAUAAGUUGGCUAGUGAGCAGUGGGGAAGUCAAUGGAAGCAUUAUCAGGUGGAGGACCUGGAGGAUGAUUUUAAUGAUUUGGCGGAUUUGGGUUAUGGGGAGGAUGACUAGGGUGAAGACCCUUAGUGCUAUCAGUUAUCCCCUCAUGUCCUAACAUUAGAGUUUGUUACGUUUGGAGAUUCGGCCACUUAAUCAUGUCACCCUUCUUCCCAGCGAAGCGCUCGGAUGUAGUCGAUCGGUUGGAGGAAGAGGUAUGGA